AUGAGAUCGGUUCUGUUCAUCGGAUUACCUUUAACAGCCUCUUUGGGAGACGCUCUCGGUAUUCCCGACAAUUGCAACUCAUCCUUGGUUCAACCUGCGUCGACUGUAAGACCUGAUCAGGGUGUAAACAGGAGACAGGUACCUACAACCGCUAGUAUGGUCAAUAAUGAACGAUUCGUUUUCGCCCAUUUCAUGGUCGGAUUCGUUAAUGCUUAUAAUCAAGAAGAUUGGAAUAGGGAUAUUGCUUUGGCUGCUAGUAAAGGUAUAGAUGGAUUUGCACUGAAUUGUGAUGGGCAAGAUACCAACGCUCAACAACUACAAUAUGCGUUCACAGCGGCAUCUUCACUAAAUUUCAAAUUAUUCAUAUCACCUGAUUUCGUUCAUUAUUCUUAUACGGAUCCCGGGCCUGUGUCUGAGUUGCUCAAGCCCUAUUUAAGUGAAAGUGCUUAUUUCCAAUACGAGGGUAAACCGUUCGUCAGUUCUUUUUGGGGUGAAGGGAUAGAUUGGGUUCAAAUAGGAGAAAAUGUCGGUGUAGAUCUUUACGUCUGUCCUUACUAUAAAUCAAGUCAAGCUGCUGCCGAUACUCCAGGGUUAGAUGGUUUGUUCUCUUGGAAUACAUGGCCUGGACAGGAUUCAGACUCUGCCGUUUUUCAAAAUAUGACUACUGCUCCUGAUGAAGAAUAUCUCAAUCUACUUGCACCUUUGGGCAAGGCUUACAUGGCUCCUGUCUCACCGUGGUUCUACUCACACCUUCCAGCGUCGACAGGAUUUCCUAAAAACUACCAUUUAUAUUCAGAUACCUUAUGGUCUACUAGAUGGCAGCAGAUCUUGGAGCUCGUAGUAGCGCAUCCUGAUCAAGUGAAAUUUGUAGAAAUUAUAACAUGGAACGAUUGGACUGAAUCUUCUUUGAUUAGUCCAUACAGAGGUACUUUGACUACAGAUGGGAAUAAAGAAUGGUCAGAAGAUUUUGAUCAUUCAGCUUGGAUGGAUAUGAUGGGUCCUUUCAUAUCUGCUUUUAAAGCUGGUCAAUCAAAACCACAAAUUAAUGAAGAUAGGAUAGUAUGGUGGUAUAGACCUACCUUGAAAAACGCCGAAUGUGAUUCAACAGAUUCAGUGGGCGAAAAACCGAGAGGAUGGGAAAUGGCAGCAGACUCCGUGUUCGUUGCUGCUCUGACAACCGGUCCUGCUACUAUCACCGUCACUAUUGGUGGUACAUCUUCUUCACAGAAAGUCGAUGGGGAGGGAGUUCACACACUUGCUUUUCCCAUGUGUGCAGGUAGUGUAAGCUUCCAAAUGACUGUAGAUGGAGGCGGAACUGCAAUUGGGAAAGGGAAUAUUGAUAUUACUGAUCAAUGUUAUAAAGGAAUAUACAAUUUCAACGUCCUUGUUGGCACUGCCCUAGUAGAUGGUUCAUCACCAUCAUCCGUCUCGACUGACGUCAGCCCUUCUAUCGAUAUAUCGAGUACCGUUUCUUCAUUGGGUACCAUGAUACCUUCAACGAUAAACACGGUCUCUACAGCUUAUUCCACUCUGCCCGAUACUGGCAUCAGCUCUUACAGCAAUUCACAAGGCUCAACGACUGUCCCAGACCCAGAAACAACGAGUGCUUCUGCCCCUGAUGAGGCUACUUCAUCUUAUGCUGCUGCCACUUCCGCCCCAACGAGCAACGUCGCGCCUUGGAACGGAUGGCGUAACGGUGGUUGGAAGACACAACAGGCUUAG